GAGAAAUUCACAAUACUCUGUAUAUGUUUCCACGAAGAAUCAAACCUAUGAAUUUUCAAUCAAACGUGCUUUUCCAUUCCAGAAUAAUGACCACCAAGAAACAACCAAGCCGCCGUCUAUUCUGCUUCUUUCUAAUUCCAAACCUUCUUCUAACCUCCAUAGCUAUCUCGAUUGACACCAUCACUCCCACACGUCCCCUCACAGAAAACCAAACUUUAGUCUCCGCCGGCGACCUCUUUGAACUAGGAUUCUUCACUUCCGGCAACUCCGGCAAACGGUAUAUCGGGAUAUGGUAUAAGAAAGUAAAACAGAGAACAGUCGUUUGGGUCGCAAACAGAGACAAACCACUCACAAAUUCCCCGGGUUUAUUGAAAAUUGGUGAAGAUGGGGGAAUCCAUUUGGUAGACAGCAUAGGCGAUUCUAUAUGGUCAUCACUGAAUCAGACAAAUCUCCCGGUUCCAACAAACAACACAGGUAUUGCUCAGCUCCUAAAUUCUGGGAACUUUGUUCUUCGCAAAGAAAAUGAUGGAAACACAGAGGAUUACCUCUGGCAAAGCUUUGACCACCCGACGGACACACUCUUACCUGGAAUGAAGCUAGGAUGGGAUUCAAAAACAGGGCUUAAUCGAUAUAUAACAUCUUGGAGAAGCCCAAUCGAUCCAUCUGAGGGGGAUAUAAGCUUCAAGCUGGACAUCAAUGGCUACCCAGAAGCAUUCUUGAGGAAUAAAGGCUCAGUCUCUUAUAGAAGUGGAGCCUGGAAUGGGAAGCGAUUCAGCGGAGUCCCAGAAAUGGAAACAGAAGGAGUCAUCAGUUUCUCCUUUAAGAGGACUCAGGAAGAAGUUUACUACUCAUUCGAGAUCCAGAAUCAAACACUGUAUUCAAGAUUGAUAGUGAAUCAAACAACCGGGUAUCUGGAGCGGUACACUUGGGUCGCGGAGGGUCUCAAUUGGAACCGAUUUUGGUACGCGCCGGAAGAUCAAUGCGACAAUUACAGAGAAUGCGGUGCCUUUGGGUUAUGCGACACCGAGAAGUCACCGGUUUGCGGGUGUUUGGUCGGGUUUCAGCCCAGAAACCAGCAGGCUUGGGGUUUGCGGGAUGGGUCGGGCGGGUGCAUUCGGGUCGACAAAUUGGAAUGCGAAGGGGAUGGGUUUUUGGCUUUGAACUAUACGAAGUUGCCGGAAAGUGGGGGUGCGUUUGUGGAUGAGAAGAUGAGUUUGGAUGAGUGCAAGGGGGCGUGCCUUAAGAAUUGCUCCUGCACGGCUUAUACCAACGCUAAUGUCAGCAAUGGCGGGUCGGGUUGCGUAAUUUGGACGACGGAGCUUCUCGACAUGCGCAAUUUUUCGGCUAUCGGUGACCAACUUCUUUAGGUUCGCGUGGCUGCUUAUGAUGCAGAACAAAAUGGGAAUGCUCCAAAAGCCCGAGAUAGGUUUGGCAAGAAAAAAUUGAUAACAUUGGCAUGUGGCAUUAUACUUGGGAUUGGAGUUAUAAUGUCUGGGUUGUUUUUGUGGAAGAGAAGAAGAUCACCGAGAGCUGUUGCGGCAAAUAUAUACCUCGGAGGCGUAGGAAAAAGAAGUGAAGAUCUACUAAUGGUUGACACUCCUAUCAUAAAAAAGAGAGAGCUUUCUGAUGAAAGAAUUAUGGCAGAUGAGUUUGAAUUACCUUUAUUUGAUUUUAGCACCAUCUUCGAAGCAACAAGCAAUUUUUCCAAAGAAAAUAAGCUUGGCCAAGGUGGUUUUGGCUCUGUCUACAAGGGAACGCUCAUUGGCGGUGAAGAAAUUGCAGUGAAAAGGUUAUCGGAGAAGUCUAGACAAGGAGUAGAAGAAUUCAAAAAUGAGCUCACAUUGAUUGCAAGACUCCAACACAGAAAUCUUGUCCGGCUUAUUGGUUGUUGUGUUGAUAACGAUGAGAAAAUGUUGGUAUACGAAUACAUGGAAAACAAAAGCUUGGAUUCUCUUUUAUUUGAUAAACACAAAAGCUCACUACUCGACUGGAAAAGGCGUUUCAACAUCAUCUAUGGGGUUGCUCGUGGACUUCUAUAUUUGCAUCAAGACUCGAGGUUUAGAAUUAUCCAUAGAGAUCUUAAAGCAAGCAAUGUUCUCUUGGAUAACGAGAUGAAUCCUAAAAUAUCAGAUUUUGGCAUGGCAAGAAUAUUUGGAGGUGACGAAACAGACGCCAACACUACAAAGAGAGUAGUCGGAACAUAGUAAUAAUCAUUGGAACCAUUACUUUCAAUUUAAUUCUAAUUAACUCCAAAAAAUGACUACUUUUUAUACUUUUCUUUAACUCACAUUUACUUUUCUUCUAUUAGUGGGUAUAUGUCACCAGAAUAUGCAAUGGAUGGACAAUUCUCUGUAAAAUCUGACGUUUUUAGCUUCGGAGUUCUAGUGCUUGAAGUAGUUAGCGGGAAGAAGAAUCGGGGAUUCUAUCAACAAAACGAACAAGAAAACCUACUUAGCUUUGUAAGUGCGUAAUGGUUUAGAAAUGGGCCAAUUGGUUGAUUCUUUGAGAAGAAUUCAAGUGCACCAAGAGCAUUGAACAUAGUCACUAGUUUUUAUUGGGAUUCUAUAAGAAGUAACUCAAGAUGUAAUGUGUUAGUUUGUAACUUAUAUAUUUUGUAUGAUAAUGUUUUAGGCUUGGAGUUUGUGGAGAGAAGAAAGAGCAUUAGAACUACGUGAUUCAGCUAUGGAAUUACAAUCACAUUCAGGAUUUGAGGAAGAUCAAGUCAUGAAAAGUAUACAGGUGGGUUUACUAUGUGUGCAAGAGAAAGCUGAAGAUAGACCAACAAUGGCAGCUGUGAUAUUGAUGUUGAGAAGUGAAGGGGCUUUGCUUCCCCAUCCUAAACCGCCUGGGUUUUGUGUGAUGGAUAAUAGGCAUGUAAAACCACAUUCAUCUCCUAAUGUUGAUAAUAAUGACCAAACUUUUAACAAACUUACAAUCACCAAUUUGGAUGGUAGAUAAUGAUUGAUUCAUUACCGUGUUUGUAUAUUUGUGUAAGCACAGUUACUACACAAUUUUGAGAAUUGAAUGAUUUGUAGAUGUGUUGCAUUUAGUAAUUAAAUACUUGUAGAUUAUUAAUAUAAUCUUUUGUAAUUACUUGAUGUAUUGGUAAGCAAACUCUGGCUAAGCUUACCUUAGUAUUACAAGCUAAGUUACGAACUAAUUGAGUUUGGAUAAGUAGAGCAUAUAUACAGCUGACUUCAGUUUGCUUCAGGAAAGAUGACAUCAAAUGAACUGCCGAUUCAAAUGGGAAGUGAAAGUUCGGGGUG